AAUCUUUUUCCAAAGUUAGGGACACAAAGAUUAAAAUUAUCAUUUCAAAUUCCACCCAAACCCUAACCGCCGCCAAAUUUCUCUUCCUACCUUACGCCGCCCGCUUUCUCGUCGGCGCCGCCGUGCUAGCUCCAUUAGAAACAUACUGGUUUUUCUCUGGAAUUUUGUUGCGUAUUUCAGAGAAGUUCUGGACCCGCGUUUGUUUCUGAAUGGCGUUCGUUGUUAAAAGCCCAUUAAGUACCAGCCACGCGAGUUGGCGCCAACAGAAUAAUCUGCUAAAUCCAAUUUCCGACCUGAAAAUCGCAAAACGAGUGGCGGAUAGAUUUAGAUAUAGAGUUCCAAGUGUUCGAAAAUUCGUGGCCUCAAUGGCAAGCACCCAAGUACAAUCUUCCCCGCCCACAGUUCCAUCGAAGAGUGUUGGGAUCCCUAUCAUGGUGAAUGGCUGUACUGGAAAAAUGGGGAGGGCUGUGCUCGAAGCCGCCAUGGCUGCUGGGCUUAAUCCUGUUCCUGUAGCAUUGGGCGGCCCAGAGGAUGCAGGGAAAAUUUUGGAUUUUGGUGGGAAGCAGGUUGAAGUGCACGGUCCAUCUGAUAGAGAAUCUGUUCUAUCUUCUGCGUUGAAUGAUCAUCCUAACCUGAUUGUGGUGGACUACACGGUGCCGGCUGCUGUGAAUGACAAUGCUACAUUGUAUUGCAAAGUUGGGGUACCCUUUGUAAUGGGAACCACUGGAGGAGAUAGGGAACUUCUGUAUAAGACCGUGGCUGACUCAAAGGUUUAUGCUGUGAUAUCCCCCCAAAUGGGUAAACAGGUGGUAGCAUUUCUUGCAGCCAUGGAAAUUAUGGCAGAACAAUUUCCCGGUGCAUUUUCUGGAUAUAACCUACAAGUGAUGGAGUCACAUCAAGCCAGCAAGUUAGAUAUAUCUGGAACUGCUAAGGCGGUCAUUUCUUGUUUCCAGAAGCUUGGUGCCUCAUUUGAACUGGAGCAGGUUCAGCAAAUACGGGACCCUAAGUUGCAAGUUGAGAUGGUAGGUGUCCCAGAAGAGCAUUUGUCUGGUCAUGCAUUCCACAUGUAUCACCUAACGUCACCUGAUGGAACUGUCUCCUUUGAGUUUCAGCACAAUGUUUGUGGUAGAUCAAUCUAUGCAGAGGGAACUGUUGAUGCCGUACUUUUCCUCGCUAAGAAGGUUAGUUCAAAUGCAGACAAGCGGAUAUAUGAUAUGAUUGAUGUUCUCCGGGAGGGUAAUAUGAGAUGAAGAAUCAGUUUUUGUGUUGUUUCUUGUAGCACUCCUUACCCUCCAAAUUUUAUUCCCAGUACUAGGAAUCAUGUUUUGGCUAGGACCUCGUUGUUACUUAACAUGGCCAACUAAAUUAGUACCUUAGUAUGGCAUGGGAUUAAGGACUGAAAACUUUAAAAUCAUGUGUACUUUUAAGCAACGAGUUACGAGCGGAUGCUCAUGGCCAUGGCCCUGGUCAUUUUGGACUCCCACUUUCCGCCAAAGUUGUGAUAUAUUUUGUUAUCACACACUUUGCCAUGCUCUCACCUCUCUGGCAUUAUAUGGGAUCAGGGUAUCAGGAUUCUACUUCAAGAACUUCCAUCAGAGCCAAAAGGGCAUUGUGCCUUCUUUUUAUGUACUUACUAAUCGUUUGAUUAUAGUUCCCACAAUGAGAUUCAAUACUGUCUUAUAAUAAACUUGCUGAUCUGAUCCUUCAGUGUGAUCACAGAAAAACAAGCGUAAUGUUUGGAUU